AUGUUGUCUCUGGCAUCUUUAACUCUGCUGGUAUCAAGCGCGUUAGCUCAGUCUUCCUUCUCUCCAACCAGGCCACCAGCAAUACCUCUUGCUGUUUCUAACCCAUAUCUCAAUACCUGGCAACAGGCUGGAAGUGAUGGCGGCAACGGUGGAUAUCUUGCUGGGCAGUGGCCGAGAUUCUGGGCAGGCCAGGUGACGGGUUGGACAGGUCUCAUCAAAGUUGAUGGAGGCGCCGCAAUAACCUGGAUGGGUGCUCCUAAUGGACCAGCUGUUGCUACUCAAACGAAUUUCGAGUAUACGUCGACCAGAUCCGUCUUUACAUUCUCAGUGGAUGGGAAAGUGGGAUUGAAUGUGACGUUCCUUUCUCCAGUCGAACCUACCGACCUCAAGCGCCAAUCCAUCCCGGCAUCUUACAUGAACGUUGAAGUGUUCUCGAUCGAUGGUGCCGAACACAAUGUUCAGCUAUACUCGGAUGUCUCUGCUGAAUGGGCAUCUGGAGACAGGUCUGCUAUUGCACAAUGGGACUUUGGAACCAUCAAACCUGCUGCUUCCAAGCCUUUACCCUCAUCAUCUGCUACUGCUACCGGCAUUGCGCCCGCUGGUGGCAUCACUUAUCAUCGCUUCUAUCGCCAGGAACAGCAACUCUUCAGCGAGAGUUCGGACCAAGCGAGCUGGGGUGACUGGAUUUAUGCAUGCAAUCAUGCCGGCAUGACCUACUCCAACGGCGGUAUCGACGUAGACGUUCGUGGAGCAUUCAUUGACAACGGAACACUCGACAACGACCUGAACACUAAUUACAGAGCAAUCAGCGACCAAUGGCCAGUUUUUGCUUUUGCUCUUGACCUCGGGAAUGUGGGAAGAAGUCCAGCAUCGGCAUUAUUUACAUUGACUCUAGCACAAGAGCAAGCCAUCCAGUUCGAAUAUGAGAAAGAAAAAGUUGAGCAAUUGCCACCACUCUGGACAAGCUACUUCUCGAGCGAGCUCGAUCUGAUUUCGUUCUUCUACAACGACUGGUCCAACGCUCAGACAGCUGCAAACAGCAUUGAUGACCAGGUCGCUACAGAUUCGUUGGCAAACGCAGGGCAAGACUAUCUCACUAUCACCAGUCUUGCAGUCCGUCAAGUUUUUGCCACUACACAGCUCGCUGGCUCGCAAGAUUCCUACUACCUCUUCUUGAAGGAGAUUAGCAGUAAUGGUGAUAUGCAGACCGUCGAUGUCAUCUUCCCUGCUUUCCCACUCUUCAUAUACUUCAACCCAGAUCUCGGUCGCUUACUUCUUGAACCACUGUUCAUCAACCAGGAGGCUGGCAACUGGCCAAACGCAUACGCGAUUCAUGAUCUAGGUGUCUUCCCCAAUGCUACUGGGCACAACGACGGCAAUGCUGAAGAACAGCCACUGGAAGAGUGUGGCAACAUGAUGGUCAUGGCUCUCGCCGUAGCUCAGAAGGUCAGUGGCGGCGUAGACUACUUGAAUCAGCACUACACUCUCCUCAAACAAUGGAAUAACUAUCUUGUCAAUGAUUCUUUGAUUCCCUCGAACCAAAUCUCUACGGACGACUUUGCAGGUUCGCUAGCAAACCAGACCAAUCUGGCACUAAAAGGCAUCAUUGGUAUCGAAGCUAUGGCCAUGAUUGCAAACCUGACCGGUCACACUGAAGAUGCUCAAAACUUCACCAGCAUCGCUCAUAGCUAUAUCAACAGGUGGCAGCAACUGGGUAUUGCUCAAGGCACGAAUGGGUCGCUUUCACAUACAACCUUGGCAUAUAAUAUGCCAAAUACUCACGGCUUGCUCUACAAUCUCUACGCCGAUACCUGGGUAGGCACGAACCUGGUGCCUCGCAGCGUGUACAAGAUGCAAUCAGCUUUCUAUCCAUCCAUUGCAAUGCAAUAUGGCGUUCCGCUCGAUACUCGUCAUACCUACACCAAACUAGACUGGGAAAUGUUCGUCGCUGCAAUUGCCUCAACCUCUACCAAACAGCUCUUUAUCUCCAAAAUCGCUUCUUGGAUUGGCAAGACACCAACCAAUAGACCACUCACAGAUCUUUACGAGACAGAAAGUGGAGAUUAUCCUGCAGGCUUGAACUUUGCCGCAAGACCUGUUUUGGGAGCUGUAUUUGCUCCGCUGUUGGUUGGACAAGGUCCCCUCGGCUGA